CAGAGUACGUGGGAAGAGAAACUACAAGGACCGAGCUGCCCAGCGGCGACCUCCCAGCUCCCGCCCCCACACAUACAACACACAGGCGGCCGGAAGUCGGCGCGCUCUCCCUCCACACAGGCGGCGGGCUGUCAGUGUCGGUGGUGCCCUUGUUGAAAGGAAACAUGGCGCCUGCUGUGCUGCGUUUGCUGAAGUUUACUACAAAGGUAGUGGUGGCAGGAGGAGCAGUCUAUGUGGCCUAUGACUAUGGUCUGCUGGGAAGUGGCGCUGAGGGAGAAGAAGCCCUGAAGAAGACUAAAGCAGCUGUACCGCCUGUUCUUCGCGAAUGGUCAGACUACUUUGGCUUGCAGCUUCCGUCUCCUCCAAAAUUUGACUUUUCCCUUUGCGAGUCUUGGAACUGGGGUGUACAGAAGUCUGUGUCUGCUCUCUCCUCUGCCCCAACCAAAGCUUGUGAAUACACGGCAGAGAGCUGGAAAUAUGUAAAGGAUUUGGUGAAAUAACUCCGGUGUACAGAAACAAAAAUUAAAAAUAAACGUUAUUUAUGCAUUUACUGUUA